UGUGUCAGUCAAACUCAAGGAGUGCACGCAUCUCGUGUUAGUUUUUUAUUCAGUGAUAGUAAAAUAAUCAAACAGUCAAGAUGUGUGACGAUGAUGUAGCAGCAUUGGUUGUGGACAAUGGUUCCGGUAUGUGCAAGGCCGGUUUCGCCGGAGACGACGCUCCCCGCGCCGUGUUCCCAUCCAUCGUAGGUCGCCCCCGUCACCAGGGUGUGAUGGUCGGUAUGGGACAAAAGGACAGCUAUGUAGGAGAUGAAGCCCAGAGCAAGAGAGGUAUCCUCACCUUGAAAUACCCCAUUGAACACGGUAUCAUCACCAACUGGGAUGAUAUGGAAAAGAUCUGGCACCACACCUUCUACAACGAACUCCGUGUAGCCCCAGAGGAACACCCAGUCUUGUUGACCGAAGCCCCAUUGAACCCAAAAGCUAACCGUGAGAAGAUGACCCAAAUCAUGUUCGAAACCUUCAACUCACCAGCCAUGUAUGUAGCCAUCCAAGCUGUGCUCUCCUUGUACGCUUCCGGUCGUACCACUGGUAUCGUAUUGGACUCCGGAGAUGGUGUAUCUCACACCGUCCCAAUCUACGAAGGUUAUGCCCUUCCCCACGCCAUCCUCCGUUUGGACUUGGCUGGUCGCGAUUUGACUGACUACUUGAUGAAGAUCUUGACCGAACGUGGCUACUCUUUCACAACCACCGCUGAACGUGAAAUUGUCCGUGACAUUAAGGAAAAACUCUGCUAUGUCGCUUUGGACUUCGAACAGGAAAUGGCCACCGCUGCUGCUUCCACCUCUUUGGAAAAAUCCUAUGAACUUCCCGACGGACAAGUUAUCACCAUCGGUAACGAACGUUUCCGUUGCCCAGAAGCCCUCUUCCAACCUUCCUUCUUGGGUAUGGAAUCCUGCGGAAUCCACGAAACCGUCUACAACUCCAUCAUGAAGUGCGACGUUGAUAUCCGUAAGGACUUGUACGCCAACACCGUCAUGUCUGGUGGUACCACCAUGUACCCCGGUAUUGCUGACCGCAUGCAAAAGGAAAUCACUGCCUUGGCCCCAUCCACCAUCAAGAUCAAGAUCAUCGCUCCCCCAGAAAGGAAAUACUCCGUAUGGAUCGGAGGAUCCAUCUUGGCCUCUCUCUCCACCUUCCAACAGAUGUGGAUCUCCAAGGAAGAAUACGACGAAUCCGGACCCGGAAUUGUCCACCGCAAGUGCUUCUAAGCUAAUACUUAAUACCAUCUUUAAGUUGUUAAUAAACAAGCUAUUUAAGACUUUUUACCAGUGCAUCUAUGGAAUUGUAAAUAUUGUUAUGAUACAGUGAUUUUUUGAGU